AUGAAGGACGUCAAAACGUCCUGGAACACCUGCAAACUUCUUGGAGGAAGAACCACAAUCUUUAUUCGUGGCCUGACCCUUUUUAAAUUUGACACAUCGUCCAGCACAGCCCCUUCCCCCAAUCAUACACUUCGUACCAGUCGGAAGCAGUCAGUUAAACGAAUCACCGUUCCCCGAACAAGCGUGCCCACUACCAGCACCACUCACACGCACUCGCCCUAUUUUUUUACACACCCUGGCCAUGAGCGCGCCCCCAACGAGUCCCACCGACCCCCACUAGAGGCAAUGCGCGCAAGCCCCAGCGUCGGCGCCACAGAAGAGGUCCCGGCACAGAAGAGCAGACCACGAGGUACUUGCCACGGCCCCAGCGAGGAGUCGGCUGAAGCGCAAGGUUUCAUCGACAGCAUUCAAGGCAUGGCGUGCAGCCACCGUGACACCGGCUACCGCAGCCUGGGGGUCGACGAGGACGAGGAAGAACUGAAUAAUGCGGAGCCUACCUUGACCUUGGAGACUGUAACCGGAGGAGAGAAGGAGGUUCUGUCCGAACCUGAGUCUGGAGAAGCAGCAGCAGCAGCAGCAGCAGACUACUUUGAUGCGGUCGGUUCCAACCUCUUGGACGAAAACUGCGAGGACGGCGACGGCGGUCUUGAGCCCCCGCAGCAGCAGGAGGAGCUGCCCCCCCUGGCUGCUGAGGGGCCACAGAUCGUACCGAGAAAUCGGCGCCGCUGCCGUACGACGUUCACCAAAUUGCAACUGCGGGAGCUGGAGCACGCUUUCCAGCGCACUCAUUACCCCGACGUGUUCGCGCGAGAGGAGAUUGCAGGACGCUUAAAUUUGCCUGAAACCAGAGUGCAGGUUUGGUUUCAGAACAGAAGGGCCAAGUGGAGAAGACAACAGAGGGCACUGAUGUUCAGAAAUCUGCGCCCCAUUGCCGUGGGCCCCUUUAUGGGGAUAAUCUUUGAUGGGCCCUAUCAGGCAGUCCCUGUUAUGGAGCCUGCAUGGAGAUGUGUUCCUGCAGUGCCACAGCCAGUCAUUCCACUUGCACCACCUGUGCUACCCAGGCCACCACCUCUGCCACUUGGGCCACCACAUCUGCCACCCAUGCCACCCGGCAUGCUUUUGCCACCCCCACCACCUGUGCCUCCAUUUGCUGUGGCCCCUGUAGGUAUGGCAUGGGGCCCUGUCAUCAACGGUCAUUUCGCAGGUCCCAUUUUCUGA